UCUCAUCAGUCUUAUAUAUUUUUAGAGCGCCUUGUUGCCUUGUGCUCUCUCCCCUUUCUCUCCUUGCAGUGCCUCUGAAGAUCAGAGCAGUGUUUCUAUGUCAUCUAGCUAGAUAUCACAGAGCAAGCUGCCUGCCCAGGCAGCUAGAAAAUUAGCUAAAAGGUUGGGAGCAGUGGGAUUCGGUAGCUAGGUGUUGCUUUUAGCUCCGUUUGCGGGGGCAUAUCUCGCUUUAUUGCGACCUCAUGGGGAGGGCUCCGUGCUGCGAUAAGAACAAUGUGAAGAAAGGGCCAUGGUCUCCUGAGGAGGAUGCCAAGCUCAAGGAGUUCAUCGAGAAGCACGGGACCGGUGGGAAUUGGAUUGCUCUCCCUCAAAAAGCAGGGUUAAGGAGAUGUGGCAAGAGCUGUAGGCUUAGAUGGUUAAACUACCUGAGGCCUAACAUUAAGCAUGGGGAAUUCACGGAGCACGAAGACAGGGUGAUCUGCAGCAUGUAUGCAAGUAUAGGAAGCAGGUGGUCGAUCAUCGCGUCGCAGCUCCCCGGACGCACAGACAAUGACAUCAAGAACUACUGGAACACCAAGCUGAAGAAGAAGCUCCUAGGCUCCACAGCUACCCCACCUCCUCACCGUGCGCCGCGGCAUCAUCAUCGACCCCUCAAUCUCAUGCUUCAACACACAUCUCCCUCGUUACCCCAACCCACCUACAACAGCUUCUUCUCCGGCGCCGGAGCCCUCCACAACCCCAUCAGCAUCCCUGCACUAAAUCUGCCGCCACCCCAGGACUACAUGUUAAACUCCAGCGUCGUCAUGCCAAACGCCCCUUCACUGCUGCAAGGGCACGGCGCUACACAGCAGCAGUUUCACCAGCAUGUGGUCAAGGAGGAAAGCGGCAGCAUGAUCGUAUUCGGCAGCGACCAGCAGAGCUGCAGCUCGUCGGACGGUGCGCACAGCCAGCCGCAGUUCGGGCACGGCAAGGAGCUGAGCUUCGACGGCUACUUUGGCUACAACAAUGGCAGCAUCGAGCAUGACCACAGGCUGCUUCAACUCCAAGACCAUCACCAGGCCCAGGCACCCGUCGAGUACAACUACGAGGAGAUCAAGCAGCUGCUCAUGAGCUCAACCACCGGUAACUUGCACGGCCAUGGCCAGGACGGCGGCAUGGAAGGGUUCGGCUCGCAAGGAAAGGUGACGAUGAUGUAAAUUUGACUGAGAGACAUGGAAAAAGUGAUUGAUCAAUUAAGGUGUGUGUUUUACUGCUGUAUUUUUUUCUUUUUCAUUUUACCGUGUAGUGUACCAGUGUUCGUGCGUGCGUGUGUACGUGUGCAUCCUGUGUCAUGGCUGCAUACACGUGCCAGAGUUGCGUGCCUUACAGCCUGUGUAUGUGACCGUGACAUGGGAUCGAGCUGAGAUUAUUCUCUCUCCUCCUCCUGUUACUGUUGUACUUCGUUCUCUCUUUUUUUCUCACCCGAGGUAUACUGUCAUGAGCAUGAUCGAGCUA